AUGUCCGCGUCAACGUCCAUUCCUGAUGCCCGGUUCGGCCUCACGUCCGCCGAGAUGCAGAUGGCUGUGCACCAGCAACAGAUCGCCCUCCAGGGCAGCCAUGCUGGUAGCCUUGUGUCCCGGGGGAGAGGCAUGGGGAGAAAUAGCAAUUCAAGCUCGCGAGCUACCAGUGCCGCCAGCGCUGCGAGUAGUCACGGCAGACUACUUCUUGAUCCCGAUAGCUUGCAAGCGCUCUAUUAUCAACUUGAGAAUCUGUUGAGAGAUAUUAGGCGUAGAAUAGAUUAUUUGACUGAACAAUCCGAAAUCUCAAUCCAAAAUACCUAUGACCAAGCAGGCAAUGUUGUUGCGAAUGCAGAUGUCGAAAUCGCACGAAUGCGCCAAAUAUUAGAGAAUAUUAGUGAAUUGGAAACCGAAUUCGAUAAGAUCCGGCGCAUCAGGGACAUCGUCAAACAAUACAGAUCUAGAGUGGAGAGUCUAGACCAUCGAUUGGACCAGGCCGCCCGCAGAAGACGUUGA